AAUACACAACAGAAAGCAAGCAGCGAGGGAAAGCGAGGCGGGCGAUGGGGAAGAGGAACAGCGGCGCCGUCGAGGCUCGUGAGUUCGGGAGCAUGGAGGACUUCUGGGGCUUCUACCUGGGCCAGCACUCGAAGCCGGCGACGCGGCGCUGGCACUUCGCCGGGACGCUGGCGUCGCUCCUCUGCGCCCUCGCCGCGGCGGCCACGGGCCGCGCCGCGCUCCUGGCGGCGUGCCCCGUGCUCGGGUACGGCAUGGCGUGGUACAGCCACUUCUUCGUGGAGGGCAACCGGCCGGCCACGUUCGGCCACCCCGUCUGGUCCUUGCUCUGCGACUACCGCAUGUUCGCCCUCAUCCUCACCGGCCGCAUCGACGCCGAGCUCGCCCGCCUCCGCAUCCGGCCCCGGAGCGACGCCGCCGUUCACCAGCAGUGACUGAUCCGUCCCAAAUUCCCCGUAUCUUUGCGUCUCGUGGUACCAUCAAUAAGUCAAAUUUCCUCCCCGUGCCGUGCACUUGCAGGUGCUAAUUAAGUUCUUAUUUGGUGUGUGUCUACCGUACUAGCCGAGUGUUUCCACGCACGGAGAAUACCAUGUGUCUUCGCAAUUUGUGAUUGCCCUGAUCUUAUUGUUCAUCACCUGUUUGGCUUGGAGUCAGUGGUACACAAAUUGGACCAUGAUGCAGCAGUCUCUGCCUUA